AUGACAUCUCCAUCAGCCUCGCCUACCCUCACAUCCAUUGCCACAAGCAUGCCUCAGACAUACAUGAUGACACUCAAGCCUGGAUGCCGCGGCGAUCCUCGCAUGAACCGUGCUGUGGCAGCCAAGCUGAAGGAUCCCAGCUUGUCUCUCUAUGAUGCACUCCACCUUGGUGGAUUCACAUACCCACGCAAUGUCGAUGCUGCUACCAUUGACAACGACCGUGUCACAUUGGGGCAGCGUAAGAACCAACUGAACAGGCGCCUACGUUUGGCCAAGCAGAGUCUUCAAAAGGCCAACAAGGACAACAAGGACAGUAAGGACAGCCCGGCAAACAAGGGCAAGUCCGAGACUGCCAAGAAGCCCCGUGCUACCCUCGGCGCAGGCUCUCCCCUCGCAGUUGCGGGCAGCUACUUGCGUCAACGCGGUCGCAAGAGUGGGGCCAAGACAACGGCAGCCAAACGAUCCGCACCUGCGGCAACAAAGACGCAGGUGAUGACACCCCGCCCCGCCAAGAAGCAAUGCUUGCCUGUGGUCGCGUCCAACGCCACUACCGUAUCCGUUUCCUCUGCCAAGAAUGCCGAAGCUCUGAAGGACGCUGCUGACUUUAUCAACGCGGACCUCUUCCAAAGCUUGGACAUGACGACGGAGUCAACCAACCUCUUUAAUGCUCUCAGCCAGAACUUGAUGGCUGAGCAACAACCGCGUGCCACUGUCACCCCGGUUGUCGACGAUCUUUCCUGGGCUACCAUCCCUGGAAAGAACGCUGCUCCUUUGGCCACUACUACGCAGCCCGUCGAGGAGUCGUGGUGGCCUAUGCUGAACAACGGCAUCCCCACGUCUAUCUCAACUACCACUGCCCCUGCACCUGCCGGAGGGCUUGUUGACGAACAAGUAAACUUGGUCCUUAAUGAUCACAUCUUUGGAGGGGCUGCACUACAGGACAUGACCAACGGCACUGCCGCCGUCAAUGUGAGCCUGGAAGAGCGAGUGUGA